AUGGUACUCGAGAUUACCACCCUCGCUGACCUGGGCGACGGCGGCAGCAGAGGAGGAGAGAACAGCGACGACGGAGGGCACCGCGCCGAGCUUCAGAAAGGCCAGCUUUUUUGUACGAUUUCCUAUAAUUUGGUUCUUCAAGUCCCUCAACGCUUUCAGCUUAGCCUCGCACGGCGCGGCAGUGGAGUUCAGCCGACCGAUCAAAUCCUCCGGACGGCUGGAAUGAUUGGAUGGGAUGGAAGACGGCAUCGCUGCAGUUUCAAUUCCGGCGAGGCCAGCGGAGCCUGGGCAAGGAUGAACCGCCGCACGGUGGUGGCGGAGCUGGGAGCGGGCGGUGCUGGGGAUAUUAAGACUCCAAGAAUCCUUGUCCUCAAUGACUACGGACUGCUUUAA